UGAGACACCUAUAUCCACAGCCACUGUGGGUCGUGGGUGUAGUAAGCAGACAACAUGGAGUCUGUAGCAAACCUCGUCAAGGUUUCGGUUCCAAAUUAUUUGGCUGGAUUACCCAUUCCGUCGUCGAUUGGAGGAUGGUUUCGACUAGGAGUAUACGACUGGAUAUCACUGGUACCACCAACUGCCCUGCUAGCCGGCCUCGGUUUCGUCUCAUACAGGGCGUUUUGCCCCCAUGGAAGACCACCGCCCUCUCGUCACAUAAAUCCUUUGAUAAAGAAGGAUUCCGCCAAGGUUGUCGACUCCAUCGAUGUAGAAGAUAUUACUGAAAAAGCUGUCAUGUGCCGCUGCUGGAGGAGUGAGAAUUGGCCGUACUGCGACGGGGCUCAUGGACGUCACAACAAGGAAACUUGUGACAAUGUAGGACCUCUUGUUAUUACAAAGAAGAAAUAGGACUCUUUAACAAAGUACUGACAAUCAAGGCUCACUACGCAUAUGGAUAUGCGAGGAUGUUAUCAUAUAAGUAGUUAAUUACACGUAUCCAGUCAUAUCUCUUGCCCUUUACAGUCAGUAUAUCUCAUCAUACAACUCAUUGCAAUUGAUCAAUCAGAUUAACCAGAAUUAUAAAGAUAGUGUUACCAAAUACAGUGAAGUCGAGGGGAAGAUAUCUUACUUAAUAUACUCAGCGAGCAAUCUUGGAAAUUAUUAUAUUACGCAAAUGAGAUUACUACUUGUCACAGCAUCAUCAGAAAAACUGUACACGUAAGAAAUGAACUGACGAGAUUUGUAAAUUUUUUGAUAUCGAUUGUUGUCUUAUAUUUUUGUUGCAAAGUAUCUUAGCAAUGUUGUAUAUUUGCUGUAUUAAUUUAUCAAUAAAUCAGAUUAUAUUCAAUA